GCAAGAUACGCGACAAAUAUUUUGCAGUUAAUUUAGUUAGAAAGUGUCCAUAUUUGCUGCGAUUUUCACCCCAUUUUCUGCACAAUUUUCCUCCCCUAAAGGUGGUAGUUACUGCGUUGCAAAAUGGUUAAAUACAAAAACUGGUUAUUCGCGAUUUUUGUUAUAUCUUUCGGGGCUGUGAAGUGCUUCGAUAUAAAUAUAGGUCUGCUGUAUGAAAGCAACAAUGCCCAAAUCGAAAAAGUUUUCCACAAAGCGAUCGAAUUAGCCAAUACGGCAUUAAUGGAAGAAGCGCACCCCCUAGUCGGUCGGACGGCUGAAAUCUCCUUCGGGAACUCCUACGACUCAUCCAGAAAACUAUGUAAAAUGUUGCGAGGUGGCGUGGCGGCCAUAUUCGGGCCGGGAACAACAGCUUCAUCGACACACGCUAUGAGCAUAUGUGAUGCCAAAGAAGUUCCCUACAUCGAUACACGCUGGGAUGCCGAAACCAAAUUGCCUACAAUAAAUAUCCACCCACAUCCUGCAAAUAUAAUUUUGGCUAUAAGGGAUUUAGUUAAUUCAUAUGAAUGGAAAGGAUUUACGAUACUUUAUGAAUCGGGGCCCUAUCUACCAGCGCUUGAUGAGCUCCUACAGAUGUACGGGAAAAACAGUCACACGAUUACUGUUCGUCGUUAUGACUUGCAUCUGCAGGGAAACUACCGGAAUAUUUUAAGGAAAAUAAAGCGAGGUCAUGACCGAAAAAUUGUGAUCAUUGGUUCCAUAGAGACCCUUCCCGAUUUAUUACAACAGAUACAGCAAGUUGGUCUUAUGAACGAACGGUUCCAAUAUAUCAUAGCCAACUUGGACCUUCACACUAUCGAUUUGGAGCCUUACCAAUAUAGUGAAUCAAACAUAACCGGGAUUCGCUUAUUCGAUCCAAAUGAUUUUCGAGUCAAACUAUUAUCGGAGCAUCUAAGCCAAGCGGAGGAAGAAGGGGAGGAAACACCUCCAGAAGAACCUGAAGUGGGAGUCGAAGUCGAAGAAGCUCUUGGUGAAGGUGCGGAAGAAGAGAAACCAAACGAAGAAAAUAAUCAUGGAGGUAAAACCGACAUCACGAUCCAAAUGGCUCUUAUCUAUGAUGGAGUCCAUUUAUUAGCGGAAACUCUACGUCACGUUGGAAGCUUGGAGCUAUUCGAGCCUAUUAACUUAAACUGCCACGAUUCGAGUACUUGGGAGACGGGAUUCACAUUGGUUAACUUUAUGAAAUCUACAACCUUCCAAGGCAUCACAGGAGAGAUAAAAUUUGAUCAUCAAGGUCUUAGAACUGAUUUUGUAAUGGACAUUAUUGAACUUACUGCAGCCGGGAUCGUAAAAACGGGCCAAUGGAGUUCCGAUGUAGGACUGCAUAUUGAACGUCAGCCCCAAAAGUUUGUGCUGGAAAAUGGUGGAAGGAAAUUUGCAAAUAAGACCUUUAGAGUGAUAACUGCUAUAACUCCUCCUUAUGGAAUGCUGAAAGAAACUUCGCAGAAACUCACUGGAAACGAUCAAUACGAAGGAUUUGGGAUCGAACUCAUUCAUGAGCUUUCACUUAUGCUAGGUUUCAAUUAUACGUUCCUCAUACAGGAAGACAAAGUGUAUGGAUCGUAUAAUAAGGAGACCAAGCAGUGGAGUGGAAUGAUUAAGGAGAUAAUCGAAGGGAGAGCUGAUCUAGCUAUCACGGAUCUAACUAUGACUUCAGACAGAGAAAUGGGAGUGGAUUUCACGAUGCCAUUCAUGAACUUGGGAAUUUCAAUUCUCUAUCGAAAACCAAUCAAAGAGCCUCCAGAGCUAUUCUCCUUCAUGUCGCCGUUCUCGAAAGAAGUUUGGCUGUAUUUAGGGGGAGCAUAUCUCAGUGUAUCCUUAAGUCUGUUUAUACUCGGCAGACUAUCACCUGCUGAAUGGGAUAAUCCGUAUCCUUGCAUCGAAGAACCAACCGUACUGGAGAAUCAAUUCAGCUUCAGCAAUGCAUUGUGGUUUACCAUUGGUGCCUUGUUGCAACAGGGUUCUGAAAUCGCACCAAAGGCUCCAUCCACGCGGACAGUGGCUUCCAUUUGGUGGUUCUUCACUCUAAUCAUGGUAUCAUCCUACACGGCUAAUUUAGCUGCGUUCUUGACGGUUGAAUCGUUGUCAUCACCUAUAAAUAGUGCAGAGGAUUUAGCAAAUGGAGCUGGUGGCGUGAAAUAUGGUGCGAAAAAGGAUGGCAGUACAUAUAAUUUCUUCAAGGAUGCCAAGUAUGAGACCUACCAGCGUAUGCAUGAGUAUAUGGAAAACCAUCCAGAGCUGCUGCCAAGCUCAAAUGACGAGGGUGUUGCCAAAGCUGAAAAUGAGAACUAUGCUUUCCUAAUGGAGUCUACAUCUAUUGAGUACACCAUUGAGAGAAAGUGCAACUUAACCCAGGUUGGUGGACUGCUCGACGAGAAAGGCUAUGGUAUUGCUAUGAUUAAAAAUUCCCCCUAUCGCAACGAACUAAGCCAAGCUAUCCUGAAUCUACAAGAACAAGGUAAACUAUCGAAGAUGAAGACUAAAUGGUGGAAGGAGAAACGUGGAGGUGGAGCCUGUUCUCAAAAAGCGCAAAGUGACAGUGCUGCAGAACUUGGAAUGGCUAAUCUAGGAGGUGUGUACUUUGUCCUUAUAGUAGGUAGUGUCCUGGCAAGCGUUUAUGGUGUUAUUGAAUGGAUUUAUAUUAUAUUUAGAAGAUCAAGAGCUUAUUCGGUACCAUUCAAAGAAGAGCUAAUGGACGAACUUAAAUUUGUAUUGAAAUGUUCCGGCAAUACAAAGGAAGUAAAACACCGGAAAAGCUCAUCAACUGGAUCACGCAACUCAUCCAUGACUCUUGAAUCAAUGGAGCUGGAUAAUAGUGAGAAAACGAAUCUCCACAAGGGAAAGGAAACCAAGAAUGAUGCUUGACUUUUCUAAAAAUUGUUUGCGCGUUUUUAAAAUUAUUCGAAAUAAAUUAUUUUUGUUCCAAUUUUC